AUGCUGGGCAAGCGCGGCAUUGUGAUGGCUGCCGACACGCGGAGGCUGACGUACGCGGUGUGUGCUUUCUGCUCCAAGGCCCACUCGGGCUUCCAUCCCACCCACCAUGCCCUCUACUGCAAGACGUGCAAGCGCGACUUGGCCCAGACCGAUUCGGUGGCCGUCUUCAAGCUCUCGCUGCGUGUGGCGACCAGCGGCAGAUCCGACGUGCUGGACUCGAUUCUGCUGUUUGACAACGAUGUGGCCACACUUCUCGGCUGCUCCGCGAGCGUGUGGGAGGCUGCUGUGGCUGAUGUGCCCGAGAUCGUGACAGCGCUGGAGCGCGAGCUCAUCGGCGCUCACAUCCUCUACUCGCCCAAGCCGAGCACCCGCAAGCAGUCGCAUCCCGAUUUGCUGCCGGACACGCUGGUCUCGUCCUUUACGGUGCUCUCGCCUGCCGAUCGCGUCGGACACUACUUUGAAAGAGUGCUCGGUGGGGUCGACGAGGCGAGUGAGAGCCAAGCUGUGACCGAUGUGGCGGGACGGGGCGGACGGUACCGGAGAAUGGGCUUUGUGUAUGCUGAUGCAGACGCUGAUGAUGGCGGGUGACAGCGGGCCGGUGUGCGACGGCUUUUCACCCAAACAGAUCCCGACGCGACGGAGGCCGCGGAGUGGUGCGCCGGGCGCCAGUGACGAGGGCACGGCGUUUGGCGUGGACGUCGCCAUCGCCGUCGCCGUCGAGGGUGCCAGCCCGGCGCUUGACACAGUAGACGAUGACCAUGGGGAUAAAGACGGCGAGGAGCGAG